AUGACUGACGAGUUUACCUCCGAAUCUCUGUCAGAUACCGAGCAGACCGUGGCAAAUCAUGCCUCUAAACGCCUUAGGCAAAAUGAUUACCACCCGCCGGAUGCGGAAGUGGCACCAAUAUCCAGGAAGCGUAGAGCCGCAAUCCACGGUCCAGAUGAAGAAGACGAAAAGGAGUCUCCAAUCGGACAGCUCAAUAGCGGUUCCCAAAUCUUUCCACGGAAGCGUGCCAAACAUUCCAAGACGAAUGUUGGCUCUGUCGAUGUAUCUUCGCCACAGGACGAAGUAGCCUUUGUCCAGACGCCUCCAGUCCCAGAGGCUGAUAAUCAAGAAACUGACGAGGACUAUGAGUCAGAGGGUGAAGACGGGGACGAGCCGGCGAACGACCACGAUGAUGAGGGACCGAGCGACGACAGCGACGACAGUCGGGUUCCUACGACUCCUCCUGCAGAAGCAUUCACCGUGCAACCGCCUGCCAAGCUUUUGUCGUGGAAGAAAGGCCAAUACGCGCCUACCAAAUCCUACAUCAACCAGCAGGACUGUCCCGUCAACUGGGAGUACGUCAAAGCGCGCACAAGCGGGUUGACGGAUGCGCACAUCCAAGCUUACAUCUAUCGCAAGCCAUGGGUGCCCAACGAUGGAGAAUCAGAAUACGAUACCAUCAAAAGGAUGUUCAAUAAGGCUGGCGAUACUUCCGUCAAAUCUUUGGAAGGUGUUCGCAAGCGAUUCGGCAAGGCCAACAGGGCCGUCUUUGAGACCACUAGUGUAUGGUUCGAAGGUUCUACUCCCGGCUUGGAGAGUCAUGGAAUCAAGGGCCGUACGAAAGCCGAAUUUCAGCAGGAACAGGCAAGCCAAAACACGCCCACCCAAGACGAGGCGGACGAUGAGGACGGACCAGCUGCACCCUUACCGGUAAAGAUUGAAUUGGAUCCAGAUGAUCAGAUCAUCACAUUCAUUCUGCAGCCGCCGGACCUGGAGUUGGAUGAUCGUUGCGUGGAGUGCUGCAAAGCAGAACUCUGCUACGAUAAGAAGUGUCGGGAAGCAUGGAGACAGUUCCAUACUAACCCUCAACUUGACAACUCCAGCGAUUCAGAAGAUAGCGACUCGGAAGACGACGCAGAAGAUGAUGAGCCCUAUCAUCUCGGCAAACACUCAAGUGACCGCUAUGGAAAAGCGCUUUCAAAGCAGCGCACUCCUUUCGGUUGCCACAUGCACCAGCCUUUGAUCAUGCGUUUUGUCCAUCGCGAGAAGUUCGCAGCCGUCCGCACCUCCGAAAAAGGCCUGGAGAGCGAAUAUGUCGUCGAUGUAUCGCCCAAAUCGUUCGAUCUCUUCACUAGUUGCUUUGCGCCGAACUUCAGUGGCGAGUUCCCCGAGCGACCAAAGCGCUUGGAGGUGUACCUGGAUAGAGAAGACGCAGAUCAGGGCAAAGAUUUUUCAAAAGCCGUCUACGAAGAUGUCGGAGAGUAUAAUAUUGGUAACAUCCUCGAGGCAUACUGCUGCUCUCAAUCCUUGAACUGCCCGAUCGUUAGCGAUGUUCUUCUUGAUCAUCUGCGCAAGAUCCUCCUGAACCGCGAGUCGUUCACGUUGUUCGAGCCGGAAGACCUUCGAUACGUCUUCCACUUCACGAACGCAAGCGAUCCCAUUCGAUUGUUCUUGCUCGAUGCGUUCCGGCUCAAAAUGGCCCCCGCAAAACGGUUGAUGCGACAGCACUGCCAUUCGUACCCUCCGGAACUGGUACGGUACUGGGCACACUGGGAGCGUCAGCAGCUUGACGAGAUCUCUCCCGAAAACCAGCAACUGAUUGACGAGUUCCCCACGACGUACAUGGGGCGCCGCGGCGCCAUAAACGGCUUGCUCGGGAGAAUUCGCGUGAUACCUGAACCUGAGGAACACCCACAUGAUCGGGAGGGCGUGAUCUGGGAUAAUUGCAUCUUCGAAGGCUGGUCGACUCGAACGUGGAAGCCGCCUGCGGGCCGACUUUCUCGUGACGCGCUCCACGAGCGCUUCUCCCAAACCGACUCUAUCGAUGCCCUGUCUUCCAAUAACGAUAGACUCUUCCGGGAGACUUACUACAACCUUCCGAUUGGAUCCAGUUAG